AUGAUCAUGUAUCACAUAUUCUACAUGGAUAGGGGGCAGACAAUGUUGUUUAAAUUAAAUGCAGAAACGACAACAUUCCAUGAGCUGUUAGACAUGGUCGCAAAAGAAGUAUCUCAUAGGAUAACAGAUUUGGUGAGGUGUGCUGAAAAUAUUAUCCUGGAUGAGAAUGGAGUGGCACCUGACGGUGCAAAGAACCUGGCCUCCUACAGUACCAUCGGCUGCUCUACAAACCCGGUCUACCUGUUUUUGAAGAGCGGAACAGACCGAGAGAACCAUAACUGCAGCGAUGUGACGUACAUCUUUCAGAUGAUUGACGAUGCUGUUGAGCAGGGAUGGCUUGCUCUCAUUAACAACUUGGACACAUCCGUUAAUCGAAUGGACAAACGAGGAAAGAAAUUCCGUACAAUACAUGUAAAAUUGGAGGAGCUUAUCGAGAAAGCCGACUCCCUCCUUCUUGACUAUUCCGACGUCAUUGAACAACUGCGACGAAUUGAAGUUCCGACGGAAAUUCUAAUCAAACCUGCUCCUUUGAUGGUGUCUACCACUGCUCCAAUCUCGGAGGAAAAAUGUACAUUGUUCGACUUCAUUUCGAGGGCGGACCCCAACUCGUCUCUUGAGGAAUUGCCUGAUUUGGUUCAAGAAAAAAUCAGGCAACUCAAGGAACACAAUGUAAAAACUGUAUAUACAACACUGCAAUCGGUUUAUGAUCAGUCCAAAAAUCAGGAAUUUCGAGAUUUCAAAGGAAUCAACAAGAGGUUUUCUCAACUUGAAUUCAGUCUAAAAAGUUGCGAAGAACGGAAAGAGAAGGUGAAUCGAAUGGUAGCUGUGAUCUUGGAAACUCCGAAAAUCAACGACCAGAGCCGUCUUCCACCAAUCAUUGAGGAGCAUCGCCAAGCAAUGAAUUCUAUUUUCGAAUGUUUUGCGGAAUUCAAAAACAUGGUCCGAGUUUUCGAUCAGUCGAAACAGGAAAUCUUAAAGAACUUGCGAACGAGAAUGUCUGGUUUUGUAGUUCAAUCUUAUGACCGAUUGCGAAAUGUACUUAACGAAAUUGUACAAUUUGAAUAUAAAGGAAAUGCUGUUCGAGUGCACAUGGAUCUUAUUGGACAAAUUCGAGAUGCUCCCAUCCUCUAUUCUCAAAGUGUAUCUGAAAUUGUGCGCCGGCGACUUCUAAAAUCCGAACUGGACGAUUGGCACAAUGAGCACUCUGGAAAAUGUGCAUUGUUCAGCUCAGAUGAGGAAAAGACUCGAGAACAACUAGGACGCAAACUUAAGAAGCACUUCCUUCAUGCUCUUUUCCCAAGUCUUUUUGAUAGUUUGCCUGAAUUCUACGUGAAAGCGCCACUCGAAAAAUAUGACACGGAAUUGCCGAACAUUGCCAAGGAUUACAUCAAAGAUCUUCGGGAAGCACUGCCUGAGUUAGAACCAUAUCUGAAAGUGACACUACCAAAUGUGGCUACCAAGCUUGGGACAAAAGGUGGCAAGCCACAUCCACCUUUCGGACAAACUCGAGUGGAGAGCUUCUUGACAGAGGAGCCAAUGAGGAUGGCUCGGUCGCAUUUCAACUACUCACCGGCAGCAUGGCUGAGCGAAGACGGUGGCGAUUCAUCUCCAAUUCCUCAACCACUGAUGUGCCGCUCACCCGACAACGCUUUGCGAGAAUCACAGUGCAGAUCAAUUCCAUAUGUUCCAUCUUUGCAACAGCUAGAAGGCCUGGAUGGACCAGCACCCGGCACUUCAGCUCCAAUCAGCAUACCCAACGCUACUUCAUCGCGUAUCAAUUUCAAACAGUCUGGACGCCAAAUGAGUUCUCAAGAUUUGCCACACGUUGGGUCUGCUGUUUCAUCAGACACCUCACUCCUUGGACCAGAAACUCCUGUCAAAGCGGAGGAUACUGUUGUUAGAAUCGAGAAGCAACAAGAGGAGCUUCAGAAACAUUCUGAAAUGACGGAAAGUGACGAGAGUGAUGAAUUAAUGGAUGUCUACGAACACAUUGACUACUCCGCUGAUGAAAUUCUUGUUGGCCUGUCCGAUCAAACCGCUCAAUUGGAGGAUGCUGUUAAAAGACUUGGUAUUAUGCAAAACGUCGUGGCCAACAUGCGACCUCGCAAUGAGAAGCUGUUCAAAUAUCUCCAUCAAACUGCACCACGAGACUUUGAACUCAUCAUUCAUGAUAGCGACAAGCUGAAGAAUCGUAUCAAAGAACUUGGGGAGAGCGUGGAAAGUCUGGAAAUUGAAUUGGAGAACAGAAAAAGCGCUGAAAUUGGUCUAGAAACAAAAAUGGCAGAGAUGACAAUUUCACACAAAAAAGAAAUUGAAGAGACUCAAGCAGAAUGCAUCAAGCGGCUGUCUGUAGAAUUUGAAUUGAUGACUGACAGUAUGUCUCGGCAGAACAGAGAGCAAAUGGAGAGCAAAGACCGAGAGAUUGAAGAACUUAAAGCAAAACUUGAGAAGCAAGCUACUGCUCACGAGAAGGCUCUUCGCAACGAUCCACACACGGAAGAGUACAAACGCAAUUUGACUGCUGAGAUUCGGGCUGAACUCGAAAAGGAGUUCAAACAGCGAAUUGAAGUGAUUACCAAGGCAGUUGAGUGCAAAAAAGAUGAAGCAUUUGCUCGUCAGGAGAAGACCCUUGAAAUCGAAAAUCGUGUGUUGUCUUCUGAGAAUGAGGUGAAAUCGAAGAAGCUCGAAGCGAUGAAUGCUGAAAAAGAACAACUGGAAGCACUGAUUCGUCAAAUGCCAGAAGGAGAAAUAAUUUUGGAGGAGUUCAAUGCUUUGAAGGAGAGCCAACCCUCUGUGCAGAUCAAGGACAAAUUCGGUGCUAUCCGCUCCAGAAUGGACAGAAGCAUGGACUCUAAAUGUCUCGAUAACAACAAAGUAUUCCUGAUUGACAACAUUCUCAAGAUCAACAAACUGCAACAGUUGGUUGAUGAAAGAACCAAGUUCAAAGAGGUCAUCAAAAGCCAAGCUGGUGGAGACGAAGUUCUGAAAUGCUUGGAAGCCUUCACCCCAUCAGUUGCGGUUGACAUGGAAAGCUUCUGGAAGGAGAUGUCUGCUAACGCGGGAGGUUUUGAUGAAGCUGGCAAGAAAAUCAAUAAGAUCAAUGAAGUUGAAAUGGAAACUAUUUGGCUUCAAGCACUGGUUCGGGCUAAUCCAACAGGACCAUUCAUCAGAGAUAUUUCUGCGGAGAUCCACAAAUGUAACCAUCAGAAGGACGUUGAGACAGUCACCACUAUUUCAAUGAUGGAUAUUUUCAAUGACCAUGAUAGAGAAGAAAUCAAACAGUUGGCUCGCACAAUGCAAAUGUGGCUCAAUGUGUAUGUGACCAGUCAGCGAGCAGGGGGAAAUUAUGCAAUCGAAGAUUCCCCGAAAAUUAGAGAAUGCGCCUCUCGUUACAAGUCAAACGCAAUGAAAAUGUCUACCUACCAAGGAAUGGAGGAGAGCUUCUACCAACCAAUGGCCGCAAGCACCAUCCACAACACCUCUGAUCAUUCCGAAUCGACACUAGAAGUUGAGCGGACCAGUCAGAACUCUGUAUGGUCCCAAACUCGUCUCUCGUUCCCUGCUAUGAACCUCUUGAUUUCUAUUCAAGAUAUCAAAACGGGUUCUGCUGUUCUCAUCAUCUGGCAUCAAAUUCACAAUGCAUAUGUCAUUUUCUGCUCUAGUCAGCAUCGCUUUUUUGUCAAGGAGUCGUCUAUACGUCGUCUGGGCAUCAACACUCAAGAUCCAUCAACCCGACGCAAUUGGCUUAUUGUGAGAGUUGUUCGCUCAGACAGUUGCUCAAUUAAGAAACCUGUUAAUCGGUUAGUUUAUCAGAAUAUGGCCAAGUUCUUACAAUUAUUUUUCAGAUACAACCUCGCAGUCGGUACCAUCAUUCGACGCGUCGAAGUUGAAGCUGUAAAUAUGGAUUUUGAGGGGGAUUUCCAGGGAAUCUCAAUUGCCUGA